AUGGGCUACGAGGAAGCCGUCGCCGCAAUUGAUGCCGCCCACGCGCAGGACCCAAACAAAGUCACCAUCGCCGGCAAAGAAGUACCCUACGAGCUACACUACGCCGAGAAAUGCACAUCGUACCUAGAAAAGCGCUGCCCCGACGCGUCCGAAGCGCUCCGCCUCGCAAUCCGCGCCCAGCAUUUCCGCCGCUGGGAGGUCCCACGAAGCACAUUCCCCAUGACAAGGGUUGGGUACCAUGCGUGGCGAACGCAUCUCAAGAAGAGACAGGCUGAUCUUGUGAUGUGUAUACUAGACGAAUGCUACCACACGUCUGCCACCCGAUCGCAUGAAGAGCAUAUGGCGUUCCUCAACAGGGUGGGUAGCUUGAUAAAAAAAGAAGGCUUGAAAGAGGGCGACGAGGAUACUGGUGUCCUGGAAGACGUCGCUUGCCUCGUCUUCUUGGAUGAUCAAUUCGACAAGUACGCGAAGCUAUGGGACGAAGGGGAGAAAGGCGAGGGUGGGCUGGAUGAGGAGAAAGUGCUAGGUAUACUAAGGAAGACGUGGGCGAAGAUGACGGAGAGGGGGCACGAGUUAGCAUUGCAGAUACCGAUGGAGGGGCGGCCGAAGGAGUUGAUUCAGAAAGCUUUGGCUGGGUGA